AUGCCAAGGCAACGAGAGUCUACGCGCUACUGCUGCAACGACCGCGCCUUCCUGUGCACGGGUUGCUGCGACGCGGCCCACGCGGGGCUGCCGUUCGCGCACACGUUUGUCUCGGCUCGGAAGGCGCUGAUGCAGGGUUGGUUUGCUGCGCAGCCUACGCCCACGCUGGCCCCCUCUGCGGACCAGUCAGCUUCCAGCAGCGCACCCUGCGCACGGCUGCCCCCCGCCGCGGCCGGCCCCUCCUACAGUGCUCAGCGUGUCCCCACCAGCCGCGACGACAGCGCCGCGCUGGCGCACAUCUUGCGUGGCAAGGAGGGUGGGGCCCGGACGCGGCAGCUGGAGGCCGGCAGCGCGUGGCUCGACCGCCUGGACUUGGGGUUUGACAUCGAUGACAUCAUCGCCGACCUGGCCGCAGAUGACGCAGCCACCGUGCCCGGCGGUGCCCGCGCAUUCCAUGGCGGCGGUGACAGCACAGACGAUGCAGGGGUCGUGCCCCAGGGCCAAGCUGCGACAGCGGCAGCCUCGGCGAUGGCGGCGGCAGCAGCGCCGUCUACCCUGCGGCCCCAGUCUUCCGACGAGUUCUUGGCAGCUCUGGGCUUUGAUUUUGCGGUGCCGACCAUGCCGGGCGAUACACCAGCAGCGGCACAGGCGUUGGCGUCGGCAUCGGCGCCCACCGCUGCCGCCGCCGCAGCAACUUCGAUGCCGCAGCAGGCGGCAGCACUGCAGCAUGCGCAGCAGCUGGCACUGCAGCAGCAAUGCGCGGCGAAGCAGGCGGCACAGCAGCGCCUUGCGCAGCAGCACCAGCACCAGCAUGCUCAUUUGCUGCAGAAGUUGGCAAUGCCGCCUCAGCCGCUGUCGCUGCUGCCGCUGCAGCAGCAACAGCACAUGAUGCAAGCUGUGCCACAGCCCUCGCAGCACAUGGCUUACUUCAUCCCCAGCAAGCAGCAUACUUCUUACCAGCAACAGAUGAUGGCGGCGUAUCACAUGCAGCAGCAGUGGCAUCAGUGGCAGCAGCAGCAGCAGCAGCAGCAGCAGCAGCCGCAGCAGUUGCAGCAGGUGCCAAGCAUGAUGGUGCCUCAGGUGGGUGUGAAUCACAUGCAGCCCCAGGUGGUGCCCAUGGCCGCCAUGACGCCAAUCGUGGCACCCCCGUCGCUGGCUCUUCAGCCACCUGCACCGCAGCAGCAGCCGCAGCAGCAGCAGCCGCCGCCGCCGCACCAGCAGCAGCAGCAGCAGCAGCAGCAGAAGCAGCAGCAGCAGGAGCAGCAGCAACAGCAGCACCAUGAGCUGGCCUGGGCAGAUGACGAGGAGUGCGGUGCAGGCCAGACGACGGGCGCAGCCCCGGGCGCUGGCGCCGCGCCCGCGGCUGCAGCGGCUGGCAGCGAGAGCCUGACGAGGGAGCAGCGCGUGGCGCGGUACCGCCGCAAGCGCGCCCGCCGGCAGUUCAAGAAGAUGAUCCGCUACGCGACGCGCAAGGCAUACGCCGAGGUGCGGCCGCGCAUCAAGGGGCGCUUCGUCAAAAAGGACGAGCUUGACGCGUGGCGCGCCGCAGAGCGCGCCAUGGAUGCAGCAGACCUGGCCGCCAGCGCCCUGCAGCCCCAGGACCCGGCCGCCGCAUCAGCGGCAUCCGCCGCGGCUGCCGACGACUUGCCUGGCGUGGUGCCUGUGAUGUGA